CAAUAAGUACGACAAACUGAAAAAUACAUAUUUCUCAGAAAGACGAUAUAUGGGUUGGGGUACUACCAAGUUUAGUUGUUUGAAUUUAUAUGUGAGAAAUUAUUCGUUUCCAUAAAUAACAUGUGGUUCGUCAACGUAUUCAUCUUAAUAUUAGUAAUUAUUCAAAAGAUUGCAGGGGACAUUAUAUCUCCUUGCCCAAAAUAUUUUCUAUUUGAACCAAACAAAUCCAAGGAUGAUAGAUGGUAUGGUAUAAUUUUUUUAAACAGUUCAAGAGAUAUAAAAGGCAUAAAAUUGGAUUUAGAAUUUGAUACAUCAAUUAUUCAGUUAGGGAACUGGUUAGGAGAAGUUACAUCCAACUCGGAAAACCAAAAAUUUAUAAUUAGAAGUGACAAAGAAAUUCAAGCAUCUGAAGUAUAUAAAGUCGAAAUAUAUGUCGUGUAUGAUCCUUAUCAUGAUUCUGAACCUCCGAGAUUAAUCAAAAUCAAGUUAAAUGAUAAGGAAAUAUGUCCAUUAUAUGAAGACGUAAUAAAUGCACAAAAUUAUCCAAUCAACGACUUUUACAGGCCAAUAUUGGAAGUAAAUAUUAGUAUACCAAAAUGUGGUGUUCCUAUACCUACUCCUGUUGCUUUGAUUACCAAAGGACAACAUACAGUUCCAGGACAAUUCCCUUGGCAUGCUGCAAUUUAUAUAAAAGAAGGUAACAGAGCUGAUUAUAAAUGUGGAGGGACACUUAUUAGUUUACAGCACGUCGUGACAGCAGCUCAUUGUACUGUUUCACAAAAUUUUCAACAUCCUCGCGAUCCAAAUGAGUUUGAAGUAAUUUUAGGUAAAUAUAAUUUAACAUCAGACGAGGAUCAUCAACAAUUAUUUACGGUGAUAAAAGUAAAUGUACACGACAAAUUCGAUACCACUUUCUUAUUCAAUGAUAUUGCAAUUUUACAAUUGAAUAAACAAACGCAGUAUACCAAAUUUGUAAGACCCAUAUGCUUGUGGAAAGAGGACACAUCUCUAGAAUUUGUAAUCGAUAAAGUCGGAAUAGCAGUAGGAUGGGGUAGAAAUGACCAAGGACAUUCCACGACAGAGUUAUUGAUGCAGGUUAAUAUGCCAAUUAUUGCCACUGAAGAGUGUAUUAAUUCCUAUCAUGAAAUUUACUCACAAUAUACAAAUGAGAAUAAUUUCUGCGCUGGUUAUGGAAAUGGCUCGUCUGUAUGUAAUGGGGAUUCAGGUGGUGGUCUGAUUUUUCCAAAGAAUGAUAGAAGUGUUACAAACACCGUGUGGCAGCUGAAAGGAAUUGUUUCAAAUACUGUAGGCAUACAGAAUAUUUGCGAUCCUACUAAAUAUGUCAUAUUCACAGACGUAUCUAAAUUUUUAAGCUGGAUAACUAACAUCACCAGAACUACAUAAUUUAUUCAUCAAAAUUCCAUAAUUAACUCGUUUUGUUACAAAAUUUAAAAAAAAAAUAAAUAUUCCAUUUCAAAAACAAAAA